AUGGCAUCAUCUAACGGUGGUGUUCCGCCGGGGUUCCGGUUUCACCCCACCGACGAAGAACUGCUUCAUUACUACUUGAAGAAGAAGAUUUCUUUUGAAAAGUUUGACAUGGAUGUCAUUAGGGAAGUCGACUUGAACAAGAUUGAGCCAUGGGACCUCCAAGAGAGAUGUAAGAUAGGGUCAACGCCUGAAAAUGAAUGGUACUUCUUCAGCCAUAAGGAUAAGAAGUAUCCUACCGGAUCGAGAACGAACAGAGCGACAAACGCUGGAUUUUGGAAAGCAACAGGACGAGAUAAGUGCAUCCGUAACACCUUCAAGAAGAUCGGUAUGAGGAAAACCCUAGUUUUUUAUUGCGGACGAGCUCCCCAUGGCCAAAAGACCGAUUGGAUCAUGCACGAGUAUCGCCUUGAAGAUGUCGAAGAUCAUCAUGAUCCUCUCAAUCCCAUUCCGAUCUCUACUUCCGAAGAUGGAUGGGUGAUUUGUCGGGUGUUCAAAAAACGAAACCUAUUCAAGAUAGGGGGAAACGAAGCAUCGGGUGGUAGCGGCAUAGGGUCAGAACGACACAACACCACCACGAAUCAACCUCGUUCCUUCCCAUACGGCCAAGACCAUCAUCAGUAUUUACCAUACCAUCAACCACAAAGCUUCGAUUUAGGCCUCAAUUACACUCAUCAAUACCCUCACCUCGUCCCUACCCACAAGCCACUUGGAUAUGGUUUCUUGAAUCUACCCUCCGAAGAUUCGCCAAUUGUGGUCAAACAACUAAUGUCGAACCCUAGAGAAUGUGAUAGUGGAAGCUGUGAGAACCAGCUCGAUAUAGGGUACCAUGCUUGUGAGCCUGGUUUAGAAGUCGAUACGUGUGAACCAGCUCAAAGCAUGGUUAAUGCGAAUUUAAGACAAGAUCAAACGUUAAACGAGUGGGGGAUGAUCGAUAGGCUUGUAACUUCACAUCUUGGUCAGCCGAACGAGGAUGUCAAUUUAACGAAAGGGGCGUUGAGAUAUCGAAAUGAUGCAACGCCAUCUUCAUCUUCGAUGCAAGAGAUCAACCACCUCUCGUUGCGGGGAGAGGACUUCUGGGGGUACGAAAAAUAG